AGCGUGAACAGUUCUGAAAGAUCGUGCGUCAACCGAAGUAAGUGCUUUUCGUGAAUUAGUGCGACAAACGAUGAGCGUGCACAAAAACGAAUUUGUGGGUUGUCAUCUCCACCAACAAAAGUUUGACAUUUUGAGGAGUAUACGUGAAAAGGUCAAUUGGGAUAUUGAAGAGGAGCGCCAGGAUUUUCUCUGUCAACUUAACCUCUUAUUCAGCGAUUGGAAGUGCCAAUUUCAGUCCGAAGAAAUCGACUGGCUUCUCACGGAAUCCAUUACUUUUCGUGACGAAGAGGAUUACACUCGUUCAGGAGAACUAAUCAUUAAAUUCGUGGCUAACAGCGGCUACAAAUACCAGCCUAAAAUUGACCAUGACGGUAAGCCACUGGUACGUCGAACUACAGCACUGCAUCAUGUGGCUAGGAGCGGAUUUCUUAAUAAGGACAUCAUGGUCCGUGAGCUUUUUAAAAUUUACAAUAAUUUCGACGUUAAUUACACCGACUCGUCUGGCCUGACUCAUUUCCAUGUGGCCUGCGCUAUCGGCUGCGAUGACGUUGUCAAUAAAUUUCUCGAGCUCGGCCAGGAUCCCAAUCUCCUCGUGCAUGAAACAGGCUAUUCUGCGCUACACUUGGCUUUGGCCUAUGAUAGAAGGGAAGUGGCACAAUUGCUGCUUAAGAGUGGAGCCGACCCGAACUUGGCCAAUCCAGAGGGAUCGACUGCUUUGCACCUAAUAUGCAAGAUGGAUAGUUCUUAUGACUUAAUGAAGUUACUCCUCGAGAUUAGCGACGAAAAACGUCGUCCGGUGUUGAUCGACGCCCAGGACAAGGAGGGUAAAACAGCUCUGCACUUGGCUCUGGAGAACAAACACGAGGAAGUGGCACGAUUGCUGCUAAGGAGUAACGCUAACCCCAAGUUGGCCAAUCCAGAGGGAUCGACUGCUUUGCACCUCAUAUGCAAGAUGGGUCGUCCUAUUGCCUUAAUGGAAUUGCUGUUGGAGAUCAGCGACGAAAAAAGUCAACCGUUGCCGCUCGACGCCCAAGACGAAGAGGGAAACACGGUGCUGCACUGGACUCUGAAGAACUUACGUAGGAAUAUCGCCGAGUGGUUGCUGAGAAAAGGCGCAGAUCCGACCUUGGCCAACAAUGAAGGAUCGACAGCUCUUCAUAUCAUUUGCAAGAUGAGAUCCAAUGACUUGGCGAAUCUGCUGUUCCAGAUCAGCGACGAGAAACAUUGGCAUGUGCUAGUCGAUGCGCAAGACAAUGAUGGUAACACACCAUUGCACGUGGCUUUGUACCGCAUCAACAAUUUAGCUGCACGAUUGCUGCUGAGAAGUGGUGCCAAUCCAACUUUGGCCAAUAAGGAUGGAGAGAUACCCCUGCACAUCGUUUGCGUCUAUUACGGCUUAUACGAUGUUGAAAGUUUUAGCAUGUUUUUCGAGCUUAGCAACGAUAAAUACCAUUCAGUACAGUUAAACGCCAAGGGCAAUGGGGGUAACACACCGCUGCAUUAUGUUCUGUAUAACAAAAACAAGGAAGUGGCUGAAUUUCUGCUGAGGCGAGGUGCGGAUCCACAUUUGACUGACGAUUUAGGAAAUACGGCUUUGCACACGAUAUCAAAGAAUUCCCACAACGAAGAUUUGGUGGAAAUAUUCUUCAAGGUAAGCGAUGAGCUAAAUCAGCAGUUGCAGAUCGAUGCCCGAAAUUCUAACGGCAAGACACCGUUGUACUUCGCUCUUACGUGGGGCAACAAGAAGAUGAUCGAGCAGCUGCUCAGACGCGGCGCCGACCUGAAUCUGGCCAAGAAGCAUGAUAAAUCGACGCCGUUGCACUUCAUCUGCACGAAGUCCUUCGGCAACGACAUGGCGGGGAUAUUCUUAAAAAUAAUGAAAGAAGAUAGACGUGAAACGUCGCCGAUCGACGCAAGGGACAAGUAUGGUCGGACCCCACUGCAGUAUGCCGUAGCGAAAUUAUUGCCGAACACCGUCGAUGUACUACUGGAUCACGGCGCCGAAUUGUUUAACUUCGUUUUUCCAUCCGAGAGUCUCUUUGAAGCGAGCAUUAAAUUUAAAAGCGGCAUAAAUAUAAAAAUAACGUCCGGCAUUUUGGCCGUCGUCGAGAGCCUCGAGACUAGAGGAUACGAGCUGAGCCAACGAGAUGCGCUAACGAUCAUGAAUCUGUUUGCCAAGCACAAAUUGUUCGUCAAGUCGGCGGAUCUUGAAGUUCUUAAUUGGCAGGACCACGAGGAGGUCACGAUCUUUGCGAAAGAGACGAUGAUAAGUCCGAGUCUUUCGCUCUACGACCUGCUCCAGUUGCGACCCGAGGAGGUGACAAAACGAAUCACCUUCAAGGAAUACUUCGAGUUCGCCCGUAGCAAGAAAAAAUUGUCGACGCUCCGCAAAAAAGGGUUUAAGGCGUGUGUCGUCGCGCAUCUGUGCGAGAAAUUAUCCAGAAGAUUUUUCCAGAGCUGGACGUUGUAUCCUUUCUGGGAUCUGAUACAUAAGCGGCUGCCGCUUGAGUGCUGUGACAUGAUCCUCAAAAAUCUGACGAACGAAGACAUGUAUCACAUUUUCGUGGCGGCUGGCGAGCAAAGCUCGUGAUGGACAUGAGCAUAAUUGGUGUAUGUUUUUAUGUAUAUUGUUAAAUAUUGUACUUUUAUCAUAAA